ACACACGUACGUAUCAUUUUCCUAUAACAAAUCAUAUUUUCACUAGCGUCUCCUUUUUAUUAAAAAUCUCUUUUUCACUUGUCUCUCCUCUACGCUUCGAAAACCCUAGAUUUUGAAAUCGAAGAGUCAUGGCGAAGCUUUCGGAACCAAGUGACUCGACAUCGGAGGAAGAGCAAGUCAAUGACGCUCAGAUGAAUGAGGAGGAAGACGAGGAGGAGCUUCAAGCCGUCGCCAGAACCGCCGCCGAUUCCGACGACGAUGACGGCGAAGCUGCCGGAGAUGACCAGGAAGACGACGAUGAGGAAGGUGAUGGGGUUGGUAAUGGUGAAAUUAGCAGGCGUGAGAAAGCAAGGUUAAGAGAGUUGCAGAGAAAAAAGAAGCAAAAGAUUCAAGAGCUCUUGGAUGCCCAGAAUGCUGCCAUAGAUGCUGAUAUGAACAACAAGGGGAAGGGCCGUUUGAAGUAUCUCCUGCAACAAACAGAGAUCUUUGCUCACUUUGCCAAGAGUGACCAGGCGGCACAGAAGAAGACAAAGGGAAAGGGUCGUCAUGCUUCAAAAGUUACUGAAGAAGAAGAAGACGAGGAAUAUCUUAAGGAAGAAGAUGGACUUACUGCGGGAGGAAGCACAAGGCUACUCGUUCAACCCUCUUGUAUUCAGGGAAAGAUGAGGGAUUACCAACUUGCUGGUUUAAACUGGCUUAUACGUUUAUACGAGAAUGGUAUAAAUGGAAUUCUUGCAGAUGAGAUGGGGCUUGGUAAAACAUUGCAAACCAUCUCAUUGCUUGGCUAUUUGCAUGAAUUCAGAGGCAUCACUGGUCCCCACAUGGUUGUUGCUCCAAAGUCAACUCUAGGCAAUUGGAUGAAUGAGAUUCGACGUUUUUGCCCUACACUCCGUGCAGUCAAAUUUCUAGGAAAUCCUGAUGAGCGAAAAUACAUACGUGAAGAAUUACUAGCUGCGGGAAAGUUUGAUGUUUGUGUGACCAGUUUUGAAAUGGCAAUUAAAGAGAAGAAUGCCUUACGGCGCUUUAGUUGGCGCUACAUCAUAAUUGAUGAAGCUCACAGGAUCAAGAAUGAAAACUCACUGCUUUCCAAAACCAUGAGGCUCUUUAGCACUAAUUAUCGCCUUCUUAUCACCGGCACUCCACUGCAGAAUAAUCUCCAUGAACUCUGGUCCCUUUUAAAUUUUCUACUACCAGAGAUUUUCAGCUCCGCGGAAACAUUUGAUGAAUGGUUCGCAAUAUCUGGUGAAAAUGAUCAAGAGGAGGUUGUUCAACAGCUUCACAAGGUCCUCCGGCCUUUUCUUCUGCGAAGGUUGAAAUCAGAUGUGGAGAAAGGUCUGCCCCCGAAAAAGGAAACUAUACUUAAGGUUGGGAUGUCCCAACUGCAGAAGCAGUAUUACAAGGCUUUAUUGCAGAAAGAUCUCGAGGUUGUAAAUGCUGGCGGUGAGCGCAAGCGCCUACUUAAUAUAGCAAUGCAGCUGCGUAAAUGCUGUAAUCACCCUUAUCUUUUUCAAGGUGCCGAACCUGGUCCUCCAUAUACUACAGGAGAUCACCUUGUAACAAAUGCCGGAAAAAUGGUUCUGCUAGAUAAGUUGCUCCCGAAGCUUAAGGAACGUGAUUCAAGGGUUCUUAUAUUUUCACAGAUGACAAGACUGUUGGACAUCCUGGAAGACUAUUUGAUGUAUCGUGGAUAUCUUUACUGUCGAAUUGAUGGAAAUACAAGUGGUGAAGAUCGUGAUGCUUCUAUCGAUGCCUUCAAUAAGCCAGAAAGUGAAAAGUUUGUCUUCUUAUUAUCAACUAGAGCUGGAGGCCUUGGAAUUAAUCUUGCAACAGCUGAUAUAGUCAUUUUAUAUGACAGUGACUGGAACCCCCAAGUUGAUUUGCAGGCUCAGGACCGUGCCCACAGGAUUGGACAAAAGAAAGAAGUGCAAGUCUUCCGUUUUUGCACUGAGUAUACUAUUGAGGAGAAGGUUAUUGAAAGAGCUUAUAAAAAACUUGCGCUUGAUGCAUUGGUUAUCCAACAAGGGCGAUUAGCUGAGCAAAAGACUGUUAACAAAGAUGAGCUCUUGCAAAUGGUUAGAUUUGGUGCUGAAAUGGUUUUUAGUUCCAAGGACAGCACAAUUACAGAUGAAGAUAUAGAUAGAAUCAUUGCUAAAGGAGAAGAAGCAACAGCAGAGCUUGAUGCAAAAAUGAAGAAAUUCACAGAAGAUGCAAUCCAGUUUAAAAUGGAUGAUACUGCUGAUUUGUAUGAUUUUGAAGAUGACAAGGAAGAGAACAAGGUUGAUUUCAAGAAGAUUGUUAGUGAUAAUUGGGUUGAACCAUCAAGAAGAGAAAGGAAGCGCAAUUACUCGGAAUCAGAAUACUUCAAGCAAACAAUGCGGCAAAAUGGUCCUGCAAGACCAAAAGAGCCUCGAAUUCCUCGCAUGCCUCAGUUGCAUGACUUCCAAUUUUUCAAUACCCAAAGGCUCACGGAGCUCUAUGAAAAAGAAGUUCGUUUUCUCAUGCAAGCUCAUCAAAAGAAUCAGGCAAAAGACUCUGUAGAAGCUGAUGAAUCUGAAGAUGGUGGUGAUCCAUUGACUGCCGAAGAGCAAGAAGAAAAGGAGCAGUUGCUGGAAGAGGGUUUUUCAACAUGGAGUAAGAGAGACUUUAACACUUUCACCAGGGCUUGUGAGAAGUUUGGUCGAAAUGAUGUGAAAGGUAUUGCCUCUGAAAUGGAUGGUAAAUCAGAGGAAGAAGUUGAGAGAUAUGCAGAAGUUUUUAAAAAGAGAUACAAAGAAAUAAGUGAUUAUGACAAGAUCAUAAAGAAUAUUGAAAGAGGAGAGGCUAGAAUUUCCCGUAAGGACGAGAUCAUGAAAGCAAUUGGAAAGAAAUUGGAUCGCUACAAGAAUCCUUGGUUGGAACUGAAGAUCCAGUAUGGUCAGAACAAAGGAAAAUUAUACAAUGAAGAAUGUGAUCGCUUUAUUUUGUGCAUGACUCACAAAGUUGGUUAUGGGAAUUGGGAUGAGCUUAAAGCAGCAUUCCGGACUUCGCCCUUGUUUCGCUUUGAUUGGUUUGUCAAAUCGCGUACUACUCUAGAGCUUGCGAGGAGAUGUGAUGCACUCAUUCGAUUGGUGGAGAGGGAAAACCAAGAAUUUGAUGAGCGGGAGAGGCAGGCUCGUAAAGAGAAGAAACUUGUCAAGAACACGACACCUUCCAAGAAGUCUGGGGGAAGGCAGUCUGCUGAGAGCCCACCAUCUAGUAUGAAGAAGAGGAAGCAACUGUCGAUGGAUGAUUAUGUCACCUCGGAAAAGAGGAGAAAAUGAUGCUGGAACAAAUUUUCAAGUUAAUGAAUGCCCUUUAGUCAGGGUGUUAUUUUUUUGCUAUACCUUUUGCUGGAGGGUUUAAGCAUCUGAACAGUGAUAGAAUUAGGCAGUGAUGAGCUAUGUAUGCAAUGACUAGGUGUUGAAUUAUAAACGUAUCUACUUAAAGUUGUCUAUUGUACAACUUAUCAUAUUUUAACUUAAAUUUAGAAGUUUUUCAAUA